UUGGCUGGAGGCUGGUCCCCGGUACAGCGUGUUGCGGUGUGAAUGUGGCUCCGAGGCCUGGUGUGGAGACGGUUAUCCGGUGUUCUCAGCAUGUCUCAGCCCGGGGAGGUCAGGGCCUUCUCCGCCCGCAAGGCCAAGCCGCCCAAGGAUACGCUACGGCACAUCAAGAACCGCGAGAAGCGGAAGGGAGUGGAGCAGCACGGGCCGUCCACGGUCUACCUGCAGGUGCUGGGGGCCGGGAGCCGUGACUCGGGGGCCUCGCUUUACGUCUUCUCCGAGUUCAACAGGUACCUGUUUAAUUGCGGCGAGGGGACGCAGAGACUGAUGCAGGAGCACAGGGUGAAGGUGGCGCGGCUGGACAACGUGUUUGUGACGCGCAUGAACUGGGCGAACGUCGGAGGUUUAUCAGGGAUGAUUCUGACGUUAAGGGACACGGGGCUCCCGCGGUGCGCUCUCUCCGGACCCCCGCAGCUGCAAAAGUAUCUCGAGGCCGUUAAAGUUUUUUCGGGUCCCUUGCACGGCAUCGACCUCUCCGUGCGUCCCUGCUCGGAUCCAGAAUACCAGGAUGACACCAUGACCGUGUACCAGGUGCCGAUCACCAGCACCAAACCAGCAGCAGAAAACUCAACUGGGUCUGUGAGCCCCCCGAGGUCCCCCAACAGAGAGAGUCGGCAGCCAGACAAUCCAGCACCCAACGGUGCCGAGCCAACAGCGGGCAGACAGUCCCCGGGGCCGGGGCGCUGGGAGAGGACCACCACAAGAGACCCUUCUUUAGUGGUCUCCUUCGUGUGUAAGCUUCAUGCCAAAAAGGGGAACUUCCUGGUCCUCAAAGCCAAGGAUCUCGGACUCCCGGUAGGGACGGCUGCCAUCGGACCUAUAAUCGCGCAGCUGAAGGCUGGGAAGAGCGUUGUCUAUGAAGGAAAAGAGAUCUUCCCUGAGGACGUGUGCACACCUCCGGAGCCCGGCCCGGCUUUUAUCGUGGUAGAGUGUCCCAGCGAAGAGUUCAUCGCCCCGGUCAUUGAAAACGAAACUCUUAAAAGCUUUCAAGAAGGCAAGUCAGAGAGUCCGUUGGUGAUGGUCGUCCACAUGACCCCUGAGCACAUUCUCCGGACCAGCAGCUACCGGCAGUGGAUGGCGGGAUUUGGGUCUCAAACAGAACACCUGAUUCUAAAUGAGAAUGCCAGUACAGUACAUAACCUCCGGAGCUACAAGAUCCAGACCCAGCUAAACCUCGUUCACCCGACCAUCUUCCCCCUGCUGGCCAACUUCCAGAGGACGGAGGAGCUUGCAGACUUCCACGGGGUGCGAGGAGAGUGUCUACUCAAGUACCAGCUGAGGCCGAAGUUAGAGUGGCAGAGGGAUGCUGUUACUGAUAACAAUAGUGCAGAGUUUGUGAAAGAAGCCAUUGAACUCCCCGGCUUUGAAGAUGCAUUGAAGGAGUGUAAGGAGAUCCUGGAAUCCAAUCUCGCGCUAUCGAAAGGUGAUCCCCAGUACCCAGAGGUUGUGUUCUUGGGGACUGGGUCGGCCGUCCCCAUGAAAACCCGUAACGUCAGCUCCACUCUGGUAAACGUCAGUGCCUCUCAGUCUCUGUUGCUGGAUUGUGGUGAGGGGACGUUUGGACAGCUUCAUCGUCACUACGGGGACAUGGUGGACGACGUCCUGUGCCAGAUAUCAGCCGUGUUCAUUUCCCACAUACACGCAGAUCACCACACGGGCCUUUUAAGCGUCCUUCUAGAAAGACAGCGGGCUUGCAAAUCCAAGGGAAAGGCGUUCACUCCGGUGCUUGUCGUAGGGCCCUCUCUGAUAAUGACCUGGUUAAACCAAUACCACGACCACUGCCAGGCAAUCCUCCAUCACAUCAACUUAAUCCCAGCGAAGGAUCUAAUGGAAGGGUCGGAGGUCCUUCACCCAAAGACAAAGGGUUUUAUCGCCUCCCUUUUGGAAACGUAUGAGCUGGAAAAGUUCCAGACCUGCCUGGUCAGGCAUUGCCGGAACGCUUUUGCUUGCGCCAUUGUUCAUCGGUCUGGCUGGAAGUUGGUCUUCUCCGGAGACACCAUGCCCUGCGAUGCCUUGGUGCAGAUGGGUAAAAACGCAUCUUUACUUAUCCAUGAAGCGACUCUGGAAGAUGGACUGGAGGAAGAGGCUGUAGAAAAGACACACAGCACCACGUCCCAGGCUAUUGGCAUCGGCGUGAAGAUGAACGCGGAGUUCAUUAUGUUAAACCACUUCAGCCAGCGAUACGCCAAACUCCCCUUGUUCAGCGAUGAUUUCAGCGACAAGGUUGGAAUAUCGUUCGAUCACAUGAGGAUCCGAUUGAGUGACUGCAGGAUAAUCCCCAAACUGGUCGACCCUCUGAAGGUUCUGUUUGCCGAGGAACUCGAAGAAAUGGAGGAAAGGAGAGAGAAACGUGAGCUUCGGCAGCUGAAGGAGUCUCAACAGCCCGACGAUCCGCUGAACGGCUCCGGACCCAAGCGGGACUUGGAAGAUCCCGGGCCGGCUGCUGGGGCCAAAAAAUUAAAAGCCAACUGAACGCCCGCCGGAUACGAAGCCCCUCGGAUCCCGGGAGCAAAGAGACGGCUGCUUCCGAGCCGAGGAACAGCGCGUGGAACGUGCAAGAACUUUCCGAAGAACGUGUAAAAUAUGUAUACAUUUGAAUUGUGCCAUUAAAACCCAAAAAAACAUUUUCCCUACGGGCCGCGACGUCUGCCUUCUAUCAUUUACAGUUUAUAAAUAAAUAUAGAAAAGUCUUGUAAAUGGGAAAUUGAAAAAAAGGCAACUAUAUAUAUAUUUUUUUUUAGCAUAAA